AUGUUGCCUCUCAGCUAUGGCAAUGUUUAUAAAACACCCGAUGAUUAUAAACCACCCGACGAUCUGGAUUUCGAUGACACGGAAUAUCCAAAUCUUAAUUCACGCGACUAUGCCAGGCGACCACUUAAUCACACGGCCCGGAUGCAUGAGGCAUGGGAAUGUCUGAGCAUUAGUACCACGCCGAAUGAGGCGGCUGCCAGCGGUAAUGUGGCAGUGUGUUGUAAUAAAUUAAGUGGCCGAGAAUGGACCGGUACACUGUGGGGUUUUGAAAAACACAAUGUGCUGGAGGAUAAAAAUGAGGCCAUGACACCGGGGAAAUCAUGUUUUAAGCUGCAGUGUCCUGCGAUCAUUAACGGCAUGACAUUUGUGUCGCCAAAUAUUCUUCUAUUGGCCUUCAAUACCGGUAAUCUCCAAGUAUGGUCUACACAUUCCGAAGUACGUAAAUCACAAAAUCCAUAUUGUUUGUUCCUCAUCGGUGAGAAGUGUGAACACAUGAGACCGAUAACCUGCCUUAGUAAUUUUCCAAGUAAUCAGCAUAAGGCUGUCACGGGCAGUAAGGAUGGUACCCUUAAGAUCUGGGACAUGGGCACCGCUGAUCUUGUCUCCCAGGGUAGUUAUCGUUUUGCCCACACCGAUUCAAUUACAGGUGUAUCAGCCGCUCGGGGAAAGGACAAUAUUUUUGCCACAUGUUCGCUGGAUAAAUCAUGUCUACUUUGGGAUGAUCGAGAAACGAGACCAGCUAUUGCUCUAUAUGAAAAUCACAGUGUACGUUUUACAAAUGUAACAUGGUGUCCCCAAUCCGAUGAUUCCAAAAUAUAUUUGGGUGACGAAGCUGGUGCGGUCUUAACAAUCGAUGUUAGGCAACCAAAACAAAUUGAAACCGAAACACAAUACUUUGAACGGCCAAUUAGAAAAAUAAUACCCAAUGAUGAAAAUUUGGCAAUAAUUUCCGAUUCAAAUUUGGUGAAAAUUGCAAAAUCAUCCACUCAUUCUGUUUUCUAUAAAAAUAGCGAAUCGGAAAAUUUCGUACGAGAUGGUGCCUGGAUAACAAACAAAGAAUUUUUAACAAUUGGUUUUGAAGGCAAACUACGUAGUCAUAGUAUUGAAUAG